UAAUAUGAACUUUGUAAAAAACUUAAAUAUAAUGAGAAGUGUGGAAAUAUUAAAAGAAAAUAUUAAAAUGGAACCUGAAGAAAGUGAUACCGCAGAACCCAUACAAUUUAAUGAAGAAAUAAAGCUGAAUGAAAUACUAAUUAAAGAAGAAAUAUUCGAAGAAAAUGAUGAACUAAUUAAUUUAAAUAAACUUUCAUGCGAUUUUUGUGGUCAAACAUUUAACACCAAGAGUAACUUAAAUCGACAUCAGCAAAUUCACACAAACAAAAAAUCAUUUACAUGCGAAAUUUGUGAAAAAAAAUUCCAUCGGAAAAUUAAUUUAGCACAACAUAUAAAGCAAGUUCACACGACAGAGCGACCUUAUUCCUGUGAUAUUUGUGACAAAACAUUUAAGUUACACAGUUAUUUAACAACACAUAAACGAUUACAUACCGGUGAAAAACUAUUUUCAUGUGAUUUCUGUGAUCAAAAAUUUAAUCGACGUGGCAUUUUAAUUGUUCAUAAACGAAUUCACACUGGAGAAAAACCAUACGCGUGUGAUACAUGUGAUAAAAAAUUUACACAACCAACCGAUUUAAAUAAUCAUAAACGUGUUCACACCGGUGAAAAACCAUUUUCAUGUGAUUUUUGUGAUAAACAAUUUUCACGUCAAGAUAGUUUAGUGUUACAUAAACGAAUACAUUCCGGUGAAAAACCAUGUGCUUGUGAUUUAUGUGAUGCACGAUUUAAUCGACAAGAUAGUUUACGACGGCAUCGAAGAAUUCAUACCGGGGAAAAACCAUAUUCAUGUCAGGUUUGUGAGAAAAAAUUUACCCAGCAAGCGUUAUUAAUUAAACAUGAACGUGUUCAUACCGGUGAAAAACCAUUUGUUUGUGAUUUUUGUGAGAAAAGAUUUUCACGUAGUGACACUUUAGACAGACAUAAACGUACACAUUCCGGUGAAAAACCAUUUGCAUGUGAUUUUUGUGCGAAAGCAUUUAAACAAUUCGAUCUUUUGAUACAACAUAAACGUAUUCACACGGGGGAAAAACCAUUUUCGUGUAAAGUUUGUGAGAAAACUUUCACGCAAUCAAGUAGUUUAUCAGUGCAUAAACGAACUCAUACCGGGGAAAAACCAUAUACGUGUGAUGUUUGUGAUAAAACGUUUGCUCAGUUGGGUACUUUAAGUGCCCAUAAAUUGAUUCAUAGCGGGGAAAAACCAUUUUCAUGUGAAAUUUGUAAUAAAACAUUUAGUUUACAAGGUAAUUUAACUGUACAUAAACGAAUUCACGCAGAAAAUAAUCGAAGAUUAGAAAAUGAUAUUAAAAUAGAACCGGAUGAAGAUGAAACGGAUGCAAUGAAACGUAUUUUUGUGGAAAAAGAAUUUGAUAUCGAACAAGUUAUAAUUAAACAAGAAAAUGAUACAAUGGAGCAAGUGUUGAUUAAAGAAGAAAUAUUGGACGACAGUGAUAUGGAUUAUGAAUUUAGGACAUUUCCACAUAAUUCUGUUUUCUUAGGAUCAUCUUGAAAAUGUGAAAUGCUUGUCCGACUGUUCGAAACGUUUUGAGCGGCAAUAAAUAUGAUUGGCUAAUUUGAAUUGUG